UUCCUGCAAACAUACACCGUCGCUUGGCGAACAUGGCGGCAACUUGACAACGGCAGCGAGAAAAAGACGGUGUGGGCUUGAAAAAGAAAAGAGGUCUGUCAGCUUACAGGCUGUAGGCCCAUCCGCCGACACAAAGGCAGACAGCUUCGCCAUGUUGGAAGAGGAUAGCGCCCUUGUCCCUGCACGACCGAGGCCAGGGAAAACGUAAACGCGUCGGUGAGUGUUUCUAAAAACGGAGUCGAGGCUACGCAGAGGAGCGGAGCGGCGCGGAGCUCAGGGCGGGCGGGAGGACAGCGGCUUCACCGGUCAGCCAUGGAGGAUGCGGCCCGUGGUCGCCAGCGUCUAAUUUCCCAUCCGGCCCACGCUCGUUUUAAUGGGAAUUACCGCUGAUCGCGAAGGCAAGCCGGGACAACCCAUCACCUGACAUUUGAGGGGAAGAAAACGCGAAGCGGACCCCACGUCAAUGACUGUUGCGGCAGAGGAGCCCCCACGGUGGAGUCGGCCGGUUCCCAAAAUAUGACCAGGGGUGCUGGGACGUGUUGGCAGCAAGAAGAUGACGACGGCUUCCAAAUCUGGCUAGAGCCCCCCCGAGACAACCAAAAGCCAUUCACCGACUCAGAGAGGGCGCAGAGAUGGCGACUGUCCUUGGCAUCCCUCUUGUUCUUAACCAUCCUCCUCUCUGAUCACCUGUGGUUCUGCGCCGAGGCCAAACUGGCCCGGACCCGGGUCAAGUUCGCAUCCUCCCACCUUCUCUCCCCCCAGACCCACUCAGCACACAGCAGCCUCAGAGGAAACCCAGAUGCUAUUUUUAUAGGAAACUCUACCAAACAUUUGUGGCGGCUUGAAACUUGCCACCAGGAUAGUUUAUCUAAAAACUGCUUUACUUUCGCAGAUGCCGACCAUUUGUGCGGGGGCCUUUCCGACAAAGAGGGGACGCGGGCUGUAAAUAUGAGCGAUUUGUACCUUUCCUUUUGUAACUCCUACUCUCUGCUGGAUUUGUUUUACGGGUCGAGAAGUCCGGACAAUUUAAACUGCAGCCUCGACGUGCUCAGCGAUGGCGACACAACCAGAUGCAGCCUGUGCGUCCAGGCGUACCAGCGCUACGACCAGCACGCCCAGGAGAAGUACGAGGACUUUGAGCUCCUGACUCAGAAAUAUGAGCCGGGGGCAUAUUCAGUGAGGACGUGCAUGGAGCAGUGCAAGACAGCAUAUAAGCCCUGGUUGUGCGCUCAGUAUUUCCCCACCACCCAGCUGUCCUGUCAGAGGAAGGUACCGUGCCACCAGUACUGUCUGGAAGUCCAGCAGAGCUGUCCGUUCAUCCUGCCCGACAACGACGACCUGAUCCACGGCGGCAGUCCCAGCUUCAUCUGCACAGGGAUCUUGGCAGAUCAUCUGUCAGACAGUGAGUGCUGCGAUGUCCGAUGGGACUCCAAAAUGGACAACCCUUCAGGCGGGACAGUAAAAAGGACUGCUUCUUCCUGCCAGCCCGAGGGGGCCUCGGUCACCUCCGCUGCCACCCAGAGACUGUGCAGCGGGCGACUGAAGAUCUGCCUGCUGGCCCUCGUCCUCCUACACACUGUCAUCAUCAUUUCAGCCUCCCAUAAUUCUACGUUGGUGGGCGUGGCUACCAUUUUCUCGCCAGAGGAGAGUGCUUCUAAUGAGGAGUGAACUUUGGGGUUGAAUUUGGUGCUUGAAAAGUGUGAUGUCGCUGGAGAAGAUUAUGGCUUUUACAAUGUCAUGGCUGCCAGGGACACAUCUGGCGAGACGUGCUGGAGAGGCCUCUACAAUCUGCCCGCUGAUGAACCAUCAACCACAGGAAGUGGGAGGGUUUUAACUGGAGCUGAGGGUGCUGGGAUUGGACAUCGGCCGAACGGAGAUGUUUGAGAACCGACCCCCUAAAGAACUGACCUCUUGCCACUUGAAACCUGCUCAUUGUUUCUAAUCUAUCCAAAUGUUUUCUAGCAUAUUGUCCCUCCUCUCCUUCCCUCCCUCCCUCCCUCCCUGCCUCCCUCCCUGGCGUUUUCGGCUUGUAUGGAUGGCACGUCAGAGGAAAAACGGACAUUGAUGAAGUGUACGCUCUCACUCAUCAUUACCUUUAGAUUUUUGCUGCAUUUCUUUCAGGUGCCAGAAUGUUUUGACAUAUCAACUGUGUUCCACUUCCUACUCUCCAUCACCUUAGAGGCAUCUUCUUACUACCUUGUAUGUGAUGUUGCUCGAGGGCCUGUCAGGACCAGCUCAUCCAUCAUUCAUGUGGGUCUUGUUUCCCUGAAAACAAAAUGUAUGUGAUUCUUCUAUAUUCUGCUGUUCAGCUUGUAUUUUGUCCCACUAGACCUUUUCUCAACCCCUUACGACGGUACAUGCCUACACGUUUUAGGACCUUAAGUGCUCUAAGGCUGGCUCGCUUUCUCUUCUAACUUGUUGGGCCAUUGAGCAAGUUAGGAGUGAUAAAGUGGCAAAGGUGGUGACGGUUCAGCUGAUGAUUGCAGUUAUGGCUGAGCUUAGUCACCACCAUGCAGCGCUCCUGGACAGGAAGUGGUGUUCUCUGGUUUCUAAAGUGUUCAGUUUACCUCAUACGGUAGUGUCUGUGUUGCAGACAGGCGGACCAGUGACUCGUCUCAGCGCCGCAGAGAGCAUUUAGAGUAGUCGUACACGAGUCUGCAGGGACAACCCAGGGACACUAGAGAACAGUUGCAUGAUGCCAAAACGCUAGAGGCCUCAUUUAUCAACCGCGUGUUCACUCGUUUCUACACACAGAAUCCGACUGAUCAGUUUUUUCUUCUGCUUUUCAGUUGUUCUUUGGAAACACCAAACCGUUGGAGUGGAAUUACAUUAAAGUCACAGUAAAACGGAAGUUAGAGCAUCUUUAGUUUCCGGUUUAGCUUAGUUACGAGGGGUUGCACACAGAGAGGGGUUAAAAUCAGAUCCUACAGAUGGGAUUGGAUCACUCAAAAGUUGACGUAGUUUAGAAUACAGCGCCGUCGGCCUCCAUCACCACCUCUCUCGCCAACUUUGUCGAGGCAAAGUCAGUAACAAAUUAAAUAUACCCGGCACACAAAGAUGGGGGAGCGGGGAAAAGAGACGGGGCCACGCAUGGCUCACUCCACUAAAAAAAAUCUCCUGUGAAUGUAACGUAAUGUAGGGAGCAGAUUUUAGAGUUUAUUUUCUAUAUACAGAGUAGUUCCUUAAUAUCGGCAGGGAAUAACAAUCAGCAAUCCUCUUGUCACUUGUCGAUAGUCAGUCGUCACAAGCUUACACACAACAUUCUGUUAACCCAACACAUUACGUUUGGAUGGUAAGAAAAUGUUGAGGAAUUGUGGCGACGAGUCCUAUGGCAACAAAUUAACAGUGAAAAUAAUGGACGUUGUAUGACAUAUUGUAAUGUAAGGUGAAAUAAGACCAGCAACAGCACAAAUCUGUUGCCCGCUGACUUCUUUUUUUAUUUUAUUUUUACUUUGAUAAACAGUUCCUACACACACGUUUCAAAGUUGUUCUACGCUCGGUAUGAUAAAUGAGGCCCCAGAUCUUUGAGUGCCUCUCUGCUGCGUACCCCCAGCGAGGCAGAAACUGGCAAUGGAGGCAAUAGAAAAUAAAACAGUGGCUGUUAGUGUGUUACUUUG